CUCUCUCUCUCUCUCUGAGCAAAACAAAGUGGUGUUAGUCUUCUUUAGGUUCAACGAAGUUCAUAGUUUGAACCUUCCCCGCCGGAAAAAUCCACCUCUUUUUCUCCAUCCCCGUCGCCGAGACGAGAAAAGGAACAAACUUUACCAGAAAAAAAAACCCUAACUUUCCCGAGAUUGAUCUGGAAAAAGCACUUGAACCAUGGGCAGUCUGGAAGAAUCCUUGCGAUCUCUAUCGUUGGAUUACCUGAACCUCCUAAUCAACGGCCAAGCUUUCUCAGACGUCACCUUCAGCGUCGAGGGCCGUCUCGUCCACGCCCACAGAUGCAUCCUCGCCGCACGCAGCCUCUUCUUCCGCAAAUUCUUCUGCGGGCCCGACCCGCCUCCCGGGACCGGGCUCGACCCGUCGGGCGUGACCCGGCCCGGACCGGCGAGCCCGGGAAGGCCCGCGGGAGUGAUACCGGUGAACUCAGUGGGUUACGAGGUUUUCCUGCUGCUGCUGCAGUUUCUGUACAGUGGACAGGUGUCGAUCGUGCCGCAGAAGCACGAGCCGAGGCCGAAUUGCGGGGAGAGAGGGUGUUGGCACACGCAUUGCACCUCUGCCGUCGAUCUCGCCCUCGACACUCUCUCCGCCGCUCGUUACUUCGGCGUCGAACAGCUCGCCUUGCUCACUCAGAAACAACUGGCAAGCAUGGUGGAGAAGGCCUCCAUUGAAGACGUGAUGAAAGUGCUUAUAGCUUCAAGAAAACAAGACAUGCAUCAGCUGUGGACCACUUGCUCUCACUUGGUCGCUAAAUCCGGUCUGCCUCCAGAAGUCCUUGCCAAGCAUCUUCCCGUCGACGUCGUGACCAAGAUCGAGGAGCUUCGGCUCAAGUCCUCGAUGGCUCGACGUUCCCAGAUGGCUCACCACCACCAGCACCAUCCCCACCACCACCACCAUGACCUGUCCGUGGCUCAGGACCUCGAGGACCAGAAGAUAAGGAGGAUGAGACGGGCAUUGGACUCCUCUGACGUGGAACUCGUGAAACUUAUGGUAAUGGGCGAAGGGCUCAAUCUCGACGAGUCUUUGGCCCUCCAUUACGCGGUGGAGAAUUGUAGCCGGGAAGUGGUCAAGGCCUUGCUUGAGCUAGGGGCCGCCGACGUAAACUACCCGGCUGGACCGGCGGGGGAAAAGCCUCUUCACUUAGCGGCCGAGAUGGUUUCCCCUGACAUGGUGGCCGUCCUCCUCGACCACCACGCUGACCCUAAUGUCCGGACAGUGGAUGGAAUCACACCUCUGGACAUCCUAAGAACCCUAACCUCGGAUUUCUUGUUCAAGGGGGCAGUUCCGGGGUUGACUCAUAUCGAGCCAAACAAGCUCAGGCUUUGCCUCGAAUUGGUCCAGUCAGCCGCGUUAGUGAUCUCACGGGAAGAAGGGAACAACAACAACAACAACAACGAUACCAGCCACGCGAUUUACCCGCCGAUGAACGAGGAGCAUACAAGCGGUGGCAGUCUUGGGAAUUUGAACAAUUUGGAUUCAAGAUUGGUUUAUCUCAAUCUUGGAGCUGGGAAUUCGGGUCAGAUGGGUUCGGGUCGGGAUCACGGGGAAGACCACAGCAGCAGCCAGGGCAGGCAUCAUCAUGAUCCGUCAAUGUACCAUCAUUCCCAUGACCAUCAUCAUCAUCAUCACUUCUAGGCCUUGAGCUCAACCAUGACGAUCAUCAGAUAUCUUUUAACUGUAAUGUUUCCUCGGUUUUAAAGCUGAAACCACUCUAUUUUUGUAUGUGGAGACGUGAACAUAUAUGUGUAACAUUCCAGUAGGGGGGAAGAACAAGGAAAAGGGCAUUGAGGAGGAACAGAAA